AUGUUGGCCUUCUCAAGAGUGAUAUACAUCACCUUGCUUUUUCUUCUUUAUUCUGAUUGUGCCUUUAUAAGAUCAAUAUUUUCCAGGAAACCAAACAUGUGUUCUAAGUAUGAUUCUAAAGGGUAUUGUACCAAAGAGUAUUAUCCAGUCUGUGCAAGCGAUGGCGAAACUUACGGCAACAGAUGCACUUUCUGUAUUGCACACAGAAAAAGCGGUGGUUCCAUUACAUUUAUACGUAAUGGUGAAUGCUGA